AUCCCCGUGCCCGUCUGCAGCCGACCAAUCCGCGUCCUCUUGAGGCGGGGCCGGAGCCGCGAGGCCCCGCCCUCAAGCCGAGGCCUCUAAUAAAUGCUGCGACGCACGCCAAGCCUCAAACAGCCGGGGCUCCAGCGGGAGGACGAUAAUGCAAAGUGCUAUGUUCUUGGCUGUUCAGCACGACUGCAGACCCAUGGACAAGAGCGCAGGCAGCGGCCACAAGAGCGAGGAGAAGCGGGAAAAGAUGAAACGGACCCUUUUAAAAGAUUGGAAGACCCGUUUGAGCUACUUCUUGCAAAAUUCCUCUACUCCUGGGAAGCCCAAAACCGGCAAAAAAAGCAAACAGCAAGCUUUCAUCAAGCCUUCUCCUGAGGAAGCACAGCUGUGGUCAGAAGCAUUUGACGAGCUGCUAGCCAGCAAAUAUGGUCUUGCUGCAUUCAGGGCUUUUUUAAAGUCGGAAUUCUGUGAAGAAAAUAUUGAAUUCUGGCUGGCCUGUGAAGACUUCAAAAAAACCAAAUCACCCCAAAAGCUGUCCUCAAAAGCAAGGAAAAUAUAUACUGACUUCAUAGAAAAGGAAGCUCCAAAAGAGAUAAACAUAGAUUUUCAAACCAAAACUCUGAUUGCCCAGAAUAUACAAGAAGCUACAAGUGGCUGCUUUACAACUGCCCAGAAAAGGGUAUACAGCUUGAUGGAGAACAACUCUUAUCCUCGUUUCUUGGAGUCAGAAUUCUACCAGGACUUGUGUAAAAAGCCACAAAUCACCACAGAGCCUCAUGCUACAUGAAAUGUAAAAGGGAGCCCAGAAAUGGAGGACAUUUCAUUCUUUUUCCUGAGGGGAAGGACUGUGACCUGCCAUAAAGACUGACCUUGAAUUCAGCCUGGGUGUUCAGGAAACAUCACUCAGAACUAUUGAUUCAAAGUUGGGUAGUGAAUCAGGAAGCCAGUAACUGACUAGGAGAAGCUGGUAUCAGAACAGCUUCCCUCACUGUGUACAGAAUGCAAGAACGGAAUAGGUGGUCUGAACGUGGUGUCUCACUCUGAAAAGCAGGAAUGUAAGAUGAUGAAAGAGACAAUGUAAUACUGUUGGUCCAAAAGCAUUUAAAAUCAAUAGAUCUGGGAUUAUGUGGCCUUAGGUAGCUGGUUGUACAUCUUUCCCUAAAUCGAUCCAUGUUACCACAUAGUAGUUUUAGUUUAGGAUUCAGUAACAGUGAAGUGUUUACUAUGUGCAAGGGUAUUGAAGUUCUCAUGACCACAGAUCAUCAGUACUGUUGUCUCAUGUAAUGCUAAAACUGAAAUGGUCCGUGUUUGCAUUGUUAAAAAUGAUGUGUGAAAUAGAAUGAGUGCUAUGGGGUUGAAAACUGCAGUGUCCGUUAUGAGUGCCAAAAAUCUGUCUUGAAGGCAGCUACACUUUGAAGUGGUCUUUGAAUACUUUUAAUAAAUUUAUUUUGAUAAAUAAUAUUGAA